AACCAGUGAAUCGCUACACAACCGCCCGACGAGACAAGCAUCUCCAUAUUGUGUAAACUAGCCGCACGUGCAGGCAUUUAAAGAUGUUAUGAUCUAAUUUGGCAAAUAAUAACCCAGUGAGCAACAACAUGGAGAUCACAACACUGCAGCUUGUGAAGUUAUCGACAAGACACUUUGCUGUCAGCGGCUGACUACACAGGUAAGGAAUAAAUUCACUCUUCAAAUAAUGAGAACUGCAUUAGAAACGGUAGAUAAGGCCAGCAACACAGUAUGAAGUAACAGUUUUCAGCUAACAUGCUUCGUGAGGGGUGAUUGUAACAAUUCCCUGCUACCUGUGUGUCUAUGAGGGGGGGCCCAGGUUCUGUCUCUGGUCCCUGGUUGGCCAUGCAUGACUCCUAUAGGUGAUGUGGCACUGUAGGGGGGAACCAUCACGGUCAGAUAGCUUCAGGGAACCACCAAGGCUUUACUGGAAAGAGGAGUUUAAUUACAUUCAAUGCUGGUUUUUUACACCCAAGUGCUAUCUCAACAAAUAGGUUGAGAAUCAUGGCAGGUUGUCAGAAAAAUUCAUUGUCCAGAUAUUUUAUAUAAUGCGCUCUCCGGCAUAUCUGCUGUAUCUCAAAACCUUACAGGUGUGCUGCCAACUGGUAUAUUGGUUUGAGGUUAUUUGACUUUGCAGUGUUUGCAUCACAUUCCUUUGUAAAAUAUAGACCCAAAAAGUUUAUUCAUAUAAAUUCGGUUUUACAUUGCACUGAAAAUACAGAGAACAUUAUUAAGCUUAAUCCAUAUUUAAAGCUCAGUGCUACUUUAGACAAACUUGGAAAAAUAAUGGAUGAAAGUCUCCUUUCACCUCCAGCAAUAGUUAGAGGAAUGACUGUACUUGAUAAAAAAUUAUUCCAGUCUAAAAUCAGUGUUCCUUGUUUGGUAGUUAAAAACAGUGAAAUAAACAAAGCACACAAAUGCCUUAAAAAAUAUUUGUUGAAGUUCCAGAAAUUUAAGUGUGUUAUGGAUGAUGAAAAUGAUCCAGACAAGAAGGUACUUCUCCUUAAUCCUUUGUUAGUGAGAAGUUUUGAAGAUGUUCAAGGAGUUUUGAUGAAUACUUGUGGUAUAGAAGCCACAUUUAAUUACAAAGAAAUUACUCUAAAAUAUGAAAACUGGAAAGCUGAAGCUAUUUUGAAGGCUGUACUUCCAGAAAAUCAAGAAGGGGCCCAAAGCUACUCAUUAAUAGGACAUGUCCUUCACCUCAACCUUCGUGAACACAUGCUACCAUAUAAACACUUGAUUGGACAAGUGUAUUUGGAUAAAAUCUCUGGUAUUUGUUUAGUUGUUAACAAAACAAGUAGUAUUAAUUCUACUUACAGAAACUUUCAGAUGGAAACUUUGGCAGGUAGUGGAGACAUGCAUGUUACAGUUAAAGAAAAUGGCUGCACUUAUUCAAUGGAUUUUGAAAAAGUGUACUGGAAUCCUAGACUGUCUACUGAACAUGAACGUAUAUUGAAGAAGCUCAAGAACUGUGACAUUCUUUACGAUGUCAUGGCAGGUAUAGGACCAUUUGCCAUUCCUGCAGGACGGAAGAAGUGUCUCGUUUUGGCCAAUGAUCUUAAUCCUGAUUCGUAUUAUGCUUUAUUGGUUAAUUGUAAACAAAAUAAAGUGACGGACAAAGUUAAAUGCUAUAACCUAGAUGGACAUGAAUUCAUCAAGACUGUGCUGAAAGAUGACCUCUUGGCAAAGUGGCAAGAUAAAAGUUUUUGUGGUGAUGUUCACAUUACCAUGAAUCUCCCUGCUAUGGCAGUUGAAUUCCUCCCAGCAUUUGUAGGCCUUUUCAGAAAUAUAGAUUUACCUCAAAGUCCAGCUUUACCGCUGGUUCAUGUAUACAUGUUUGCAAGUGAGGCAACGGAAGACCUUGCCAUAAGCAUGGUAGCUGAAAAACUUGGGUAUCCUACUCAUUGUCUGGGAGUCUCUAACAAAGGAAAUCAGCUAUCAGAUGAAAGUUCAAUUGAUGAUCACACGAGCUUUGAAGAAAAUUCAAAUUGCAUUAAAACGAAAUCUAACGAUUUUGGAGGUCUUCGGAAAUACGUUCAGGAGGUGGUAAAUAUACGAGAUGUAGCCCCCAAAAAGUCAAUGAUGCGUGUAAGUGUACAAUUACCAUUAGAAAUUUUGCUUAAGGGGUCAGAUACAGUUGAUGAACCUCCACUUAAAAAAGCAAAGGAAUUGUGAUACUGUACAGUAUUUCUUGAAAACUUGUUCACAUAAUCUAGAAUUUUAAAUUGAUACUGUACAUUGUAGGUACAUAUAGAUAUGAUCUAGAUUAAAGUGGCAUAAUAUAGUAAUUCUUGGAAAACUUGUACACAUGAUCUAGAACUUUAGAUUUUUAAUACUGUAUAUUGUAGGUACAUAUGUAUGAUCUAGACUAAAGUGGCAUAAGUCAUAUUUUAAUAAGAAUAAUUUGUUGUAUAUACUGUACUGUAAGACCAAAAUAUAAUGACAAUUUAUAUUAUGUAAUUUUUAUUAAUGUUAAAUAUACAGUAUUUUAUUUUCAUUAAAAAUUAGCAUUGCACUUGACAAUUUUUCAUGCAUUAAUGACAAAAGUAAAUAAUAUUGAGGCCUAGUAUUUUAAAAAUACUGCUCUGAGAAGUAUUAAUGUGCAAGAGCUAUAUAUAUAUAUUAAAAUAUUUGAAGUCAAUAAAAACUGCACACAGUGAACAAAAUUGUGGUAUGAGAUGCAGUUUAAUGAU